CAUAUAUUAUACAAAAGUGAAAGUGGGAUCACCGCCCAAAGAAUAUAAUCUAUUGGUUGAUACCGGGAGUGAGAUCUCAUGGAUUGCAUGCAGUUCUUGUGACACUUGUCCUCGGACCAGUGAACUUGGGGUCAAGCUAAACUUUUAUGAUAGUGGCAACUCAACAACUGCCACUUCCAUUUCUUGUUCAACCCGUGGGUGCGAAUGUACUAGGACAAACCGAUGUGGUUUUACCCUGAGUUACAUGGACGGAAGUAGUACAACAGGCUAUCUUGUGUCCGAUGUUUGGCAUCUGGACACAUUUUUAAGCACUUCGUCAACCUAUAGCUCUUCAGCACCAAUCAUUUUUGGGUGCAGUACCUCUCAAUUUGGUAAUAUGGUCCUGACAGACAACGCAAUUGAUGGAAUUAUUGGGUUUGAUCGACAUCGUCUUUCAUUAAUAUCUCAGCUUUCUUCACAUGGAAUUUCUCGCAAAGUAUUCUCGCAUUGCUUGAAAGGAGAGAGCGGCAUUAAUGCAGGAGGAGGUGUUCUAGUUCUCGGUGAAAUUCUGAAUCCGAGCAUGGUCUAUACUCCUCUAGUUCCAUCAAUGGGGCAUUACAAUGUGGAUUUGCAGAGCAUAGCUGUGAAUGGAAAACUUUUGCAUAUUGAUCCAGCCGCAUUUGAAACCUCCGAAGAUGAAGAUCGGGGAACCAUUUUUGACUCGGGUACAAGUCUCAUUUAUCUUGUCGCAGAGGCUUACGACUCUGUUAUUAGUGCGAUAACUACUGCUACUUCAUCUUCUGCCAAGUCAAUUACAUCGGGAAUAACUCCAUGUUAUUUAAUUUCUUCAAGUUCCUCAAAUAAUGUUACAAAGAUAUUUCCUCAAAUUACCCUACACUUUGCUGGUGGUGUAUCAAUGGAUCUAAGACCAGCAGACUAUCUCAGCCUCAUGGGCUCUAUUAAGGAUACUGCUCAGUGGUGUGUUCUCUUCAUGAUGAAAAGUCAGAGCCUAACAAUUUUAGGAGACAUUGCUCUUAGAGAUAAGAGCAUUGUAUAUGAUUUGGCUCACCAGAGAAUUGGUUGGGCAGAUCAUGAUUGUUCAUUACCGGUGAAUGUGUCCAUACCUUCUGGCACGAAUCAAGUCAUUAGUGCUCGAGCAAUACUCUUUCAUAUGCUAGAGUCACUGCUCUGCAUGUGCUUAUUUUGGUGGUGA